AUGAAAACAGGACGAUCAAAGCUUAUGUUAAAACUUGUGGAAGAAACAAGCAAAAAUUCGAAAAGUACGGGUUUUACUCAUGAUGAGCGCAUGGAUGAGGAGGACUGCAUACCAGGGACUCCAGAAUGCCAUUCGCCAUUACCUCCAGGAGCACGCAACGUAAUAGAAGAGAUGAACGGAACAAGCGAAAUCAUAAAAUCAACAAAUGAAAAUAUGGACCCGAACAUACCAUCAUCUACUUGUGUUCUUGAAGAAGAUCCUUUUAUGGCCAUGUAUGAAAAUGCAUCCUCAUCAUAUUUACUCGCGUCAGAAAAUCAGCAUGGUGUCGUGUCCCUCUUAAAUAUCACCUCAGAUCUAACCCCCUUUAAAUACUUCUACCCUGAUAUCAGACCUGUCACCUUUCCCGCAACCGAUUACCCCGACUGUUGA